UGAAACAGUAGCAGAGAAGCUGGGUCGUCAGUUUGUGCGCAAAUACACCGUGUAUUACGGUCACGCAGCUUUAACGCCGCACGGUCGGACACGCCACUCACCGUCACCACCAACGGCGGCGUGCACCGAGUAAAAGUCAAGAUGGCGGCCGACGGUCAGUCCGAGUACGAGGCGGUCCUCUGUGUCAAACCUGAAGUCAACGUUUACCGAAUCCCACCGAGAGCUUCCAACCGGGCUAUCAGGGCUGCCGAUUGGAAGCUGGAUGCUCCCGACUGGACAGGACGCAUGCGUGUGACAGCCCGGGGAAAAGUGGCCUACGUGAAAUUGGAAGACAAAAUCUCUGGGGAGCUGUUUGCCCAAGCACCGGUGGUCGAGUACCCUGGCAUCACAGUGGAAACAGUUAGUGACUCAAGCCGUUACUUUGUGCUCCGCAUCCAGGAUGACAACGGCCGAAGUGCGUUCAUAGGCAUUGGGUUUGGAGACAGAGGCGAUUCCUUUGACUUCAAUGUUGCACUUCAAGACCACUUUAAGUGGGUGAAACAGGAAGAUGAAUUUAAAAAGCAGGAGCAGGCUCCAGACACCACCCCUAAACUGGACCUAGGCUUCAAAGAAGGACAGACUAUUACUCUCAAUAUUGGGCAAUCAAAGAAGAAGGACAGGUCCCGCCCGCAGAGUUCAGGUGGCUUUGGGCUUCUUCCACCUCCUCCUGGGGGCAAGUUAGCCCCACCUCCUUCGUCCAGAUCUUCCAAUCAUAACACACAACCAUCUGCAGGAGGAAGUGACACCGGUUUUUUGCUAGAUCUGGACACCAGUAACUCUAACUCAGCAGCUCCCUCCAACCCCACCACCACAGCCAGCUCGGACCUGUGGGGAGACUUUGACUCCGUAUCUACAAAGUGAGGAGGGAUACAUUUUUUUUCCCCACUUCUCUCUGUAAACAAUGCAGCACAUUUAGCAACUUUUGUUUCCCCCCGUUAUGGGGUCCCGUAUCUCUCCCUGCUAAGCAGGGUAGCCCCCUGUGCUAGUUUGUUUUAUUUUAGUUCAGUCCCUCAUGGCUCUUGCUCUUGGCCAGCGAUACACCCUUACUCAUAAUCCAGUCUAAAUUAGAAAGAUUUACAACUAUAGGCCAUCACACUAUCCACCCCCCAUCCUACUUGGGGAUCCUCUUCCCUCUCUCCUUCCGUAUAUCCAAUCUAGCUCUCUAGUGUCCAUUUUCUCGUUUGAAUUCAGCUUUUGUCGUUUUUGUCCUCGUCUUAAUGUUUUAUUUGCUAAUUUCUAUCGUAGAGUAUACUCAAUAGAAAUAGGAGCAAGGGAGACAUAAUCAGAAACAUCUGAUUGAUGAAAUCAAAUUAAAUAUAAUGUAUGAAUUUCUGUACAGAGAAUAUUUAUUUUAAAUGUAUAUAUUGUCGGUAGUUUGUAAUUAUUGUCAUUGGUGUUGUCACCUGUAUGUACUGUAGCUUAUUUGAUCUCUCAAGUCCCAAGCAGUGGGACUGACUAUAUGCACUGACUGGCAGUCUACUCUGUCUAUGUAGUUAAUAAUGCAUAAAGUCUGCAUUUAACGCAGGGAUUGUUCAAAUAGUUGAGUUACGUUAAGGUGAAGUUUACCACACAAUGAUUUUACUUGAAAGAAGCUGAUUUACAGACUAGUUGUGCUCUCUAGUGGAUCUACGGCAUCAAUUUGAGAGGACAUUUCAAACUGAGCUGCAGCUGUGAACACAUAUUUCACAGGGGACGGGUCCUUGGCAUUGUGUGCAUUUGUUUUAACUGUAAAGCAGUUAAAAGAGACAGGGAAUUAGGAAUGUUUGAUGCGAUAGGGUGUUAGCGAAAGAAAGAGAGGCAUCAAAUGCUUUUAUCUUUGCCUCAAGGGGGAAACCAAGAUGAUUUAGUCCAUGUUAUGUCAUCUCUACUCAGCCCAGCUGUUAAAGCUGCGACUGGUGAGUCAUUUAGGUCACAACCUCUCUCCUCCUCAAUGAAUAGGUCUGUGUUUCUGCACUGUUCAGUCAGUGUGGGGAGACACAUAUCUCCUUAAUUCUUUUUUUGAGAAGGUGGUCAGGUCGCAGACCUCAAUCACACAGCACGUUGUACUGUACAAACUGUGUUUUAACUGUGAACUUCAAUUCCAUGUUAAGAUGUAAUGUUAAUGGUAUUCUGAUGCAGUCAAUGCAAUGUGGGACCAAGAUAGUCUGUGUUUGCAGUGUUUUGUUGUGAUAUUGUCAUGUACAGAGAGAUGGCUCAUGUUGCACUGGUAUCACAUGCACAUGUGUGACAGCUGACAAGUGGUGUGACAAUGGAUUUGGAUUGGAACACAGACUGUGUGAGUGUAAAGCCCUAAACAAUGUCUGUCAGUGUUUGUUUACUGUUUAAAUAAUAUGCAUCUCUCCCAAAUGUUACUUGUUAUUAAAACUGUAUAUGAUUAUGGAAAUAUAUUGCAAAGAAAAACAAAGAUA